UGCACAUAAGGGUCUAGUCCUUGCUCAACAACAACAGCCGCAGAAGAAGAAACAGUUUCUGCGCCAACACACACACACUGCCACCUCACCCUCCAAACCCUCCAUCCAACAACCAGAGCCAGUGCCAUCACCGAACAAAUGUGGACGUCGCUUGCUGUUGUUGGCGCCGCCGCCGUGGUUGGCGUGUGCCAGACCAAGGAAAUGGCCGAGCAGUGCACAGAGGUCUUCGACACAGCCACCACCACCUUCAACUCCUACGCUGCGCCGUACGAAGCAUGGCAGGUUGCUGCGCUUGCCAUUGCCGCGUAUGUGCUGGUGGCCAAGCUGUUUGUGUUCUUGUUUGCGGACGACCGGUCAUGGUUCCUGCGCCUGAAGCUGUGGGUGUUUCGUGUUGCCCGCAAGAUCCCGUUUGUUCGCAGCAAGAUUGCCUCCGAAGUGGAAGAGACUCUCGUUGGCGUUGAGCACGACAUGUUCAAGUACUUUACCCACUGGAAGGCCAACCGCAAGCUGCCGACACACGGUCUGACCACGGGCCAAGUGCUUGCCAAGCUGAACACGCUUCGCGAGCUUGGCGCACCAGACAAGCGCCAUGCCGAGGGCAAGGUGUCUGGCACGAUCUACGUUGGCGGCGAGUCGUAUGAGGAGUACACGAAGAUGAUCACGACUGUGUAUGGCAUGUUCGCCUGGACCAACCCGCUCCACUCGGGCGUCUUCCCCGGCAUUCGCCAGAUGGAGGCAGAGAUUGUGCGCAUGUGCUGCACGCUGUUUCACGGCGACGAGAGCACCUGCGGCGCACACACGAGCGGCGGCACCGAGUCCAUCAUCCUCGCCAUCCGCGCGUACAAGGAGUACUUUGCAGAGAAGAAAGGCAUCACAAAGCCCAACGUUGUUGUCACCCGCACCGCACACCCGGCCUUUGACAAGGCCUGCGACUACUUUGGCAUCUCCUUGCGCAAAGCGGACGAGGACAAGACGACGCGUCAGGCCAUCCCCUCAUCCAUGGCGCGUCUCAUCGACAGCAACACCAUCGCCAUUGUUGGAUCCUGCCCCCAGUACCCGCACGGUGCUGUUGAUCCCAUCGAGGACCUGGCCAAGCUCGCCCGCAAGCACGACAUUGGGCUGCACGUUGACUGCUGCCUGGGAUCGUUUGUCGUGCCCUUUAUGCGGGAAGCAGGGUUCCCCGACUUUCCCGCGUUUGAUUUCAGCGUCAACGGUGUCACCUCCAUCUCCGCUGACACGCACAAGUUUGGAUGCGCUCCCAAGGGUUCCUCUGUUGUGAUGUUUGCGAACAAGGACCUGCGGCGCGCCACGUACUCCGUGUUCCCGGAUUGGCCCGGCGGUGUGUACGGCACACCCACCGUUGCCGGCUCCCGUCCAGGCGCCCUCAUCGCGGCGACAUGGUCUGCGAUGAUGAGCAACGGGUACGAGGGCUACCUGCACAACGCCAAGUGCAUCAUGAAGACUGUGGUCGCCAUUGCAGAGGGAAUCAAGAAGAUUGACGGCAUCAAGCUUGUGUGCGAGCCGCAGGGCCCAAUUGUCGCCUGGACCUCAGACGUCUUCGACAUCAACCGCAUGCUUGAGGGGCUCGUGCACGAGAAGGGGUGGGACCUGAACGUUCUUCAGUUCCCUGCAAGCAUGCACAUCUGCGUGACGAUGGCCCACUCGUCGCCGGGCCUGGCUGACCACUUCCUCGCCGACCUGGCCGACACCACCGCCGUCCUCAUGAAGUCGCCCCAGCAGAAGGCUACGGGCGCUGCUGCGCUGUAUGGCGUUGCGCAGAGCGUGCCGGACCGCAGUGUCAUUGACGACAUCGUUCGUGGGUUCCUCGACACCGCCUUCCAGGCCGUGCCUGUGCGGCAGCACAAGAAGGAGGACCAGGAGAACACAAAGGCCAACAACUAAGCCCACACUUCACACUCAUACAGGCCACAAGCCUGCCUUUCCGCUUUCUUUCUUGCUUUUUUUGCUUUGCUUGCUGAAUUUCGUUGAAGUUUUCGUACAAAUUUCCGCAACCACGACCCACA